AGCCGUUGGAUUUAUAUAGUAGGGAUAACUGUUUAUGUGGCCGUGGAUAAUGAAUUCGUGAUUGUGUAUUGGAGCCCGUUAAACAGAAACCAAGAACAAUGUGCAGACGGUCAUAGCGAAGACACAGACAAUCAUACAAAAUGGGGCCCCCCAUUUCAACAUGGCCUACUAGUGCACAGAGAGAUAUUAAAGUGAUCAGUGGGAAGUGUGUAGUAGUUAAUAUUGUAGACAACUUUCGUGCCGUGGUGGGCUUAAACUAUACAUUUGUGUUUAUAUUGAUACAAGUGUUACUCAGUUUGGUGACCGCUAGCCCUGUUAUAUUGAGUCUGGAUUAUUUACAAGGUCCUGUCCCGCUAGCUAGGAAUAUAAGACACUUACCCUGCAUAUCAAGAAGUACAGCCCAGGAAGGAUUAUGUAUGUUCGCGAUAGACUGCCUCAAAGCCAACGGGACCCAUCUAGGAACAUGUAUAGACAGGUUCUACUUCGGUUCGUGCUGUCAAAUACUCGAUAAAACUACAUUACCACAGAUAAUCGGUAAUAACAUAGAAGAUAACUCAAUAGACAGCGCAAACUUCGUCCAUCCGUUAACCGAAGAUAAAGUUCAUAGCACUGUUAGUAAAAUACCUGAAGCUGUAUACCCAAAUAAACAACAAAAUGAAAAUAAUAAAGUUAAACCUAUUAAUAAUAAUAAGACAACGAGUAAAUUGGGUAGUAAACCAGUCACAGAAGCAGUUAGUCCGCAAACGUCUACAGAAAAAACAGUGACAGUUGAACAACGAACAGAACCAAAUACGAUGGGAACUAAAUUAGAUAAACAAACAACGCUUAGUAAUAAAAUAGUAUACGAUAAUCCUAAAGAAGUAACUGUGCCCGUUACUUCUGUAAAAGAUACCUUAACAACAGUAAAACAAAAUGAAGUUACAGAAAUGCCCAUCAAACUAUUUACUUUCCAAACGGUAUCUAAUGAUAUUGAAAAUAUAUCAACCGAACGAACAGAACCUCCAAAGCAAAGUUCAGAAACAACAAAAACUAUUGAACAAGUUACAACAGAUAAACCAGUGAAAACUACAAGAAAGCCAAUCAAACCAACUUAUAAGCCCAGACCUACUUACAGACCAAGUAAUUUCACUCGACCAACUUAUAUUAGUAAUAAACCUAGACCUACAAAACCAAUAAUACCAUUAAACACAACAAGGAAACCUCCAUACAGACUACCUCCAAAAAGACCAUCUACGAAAAAGCCUUUACCAGUACCUCCAAGAUUAAAUAUAACUGUUUUACCACAGUCCACGAGUACCAGACCAGUUUUCACAAGACCAUCCGUCUCAACUAUUACUUAUAUUAAUACAACAUCGUCUGUUGAUGAAAAACCUUUAUCUAUUACAAUUACAACAACAUUACAACCCAGUACAACCACAGUAUCUACAACAACAACAACAACAACAACAACACAAAUGCCAACCACAACAGAAAGAGUUACUGAAAGAGUGACUGAAACAACCGAGAAUAUUGUCACAGAGACAUCGCUUCCAAUGUCAUCAUAUUCAACAGAAACGGUGACUGAAAAAGAACAAACAGUUACUGUUAAAGAUAAUUUACCAACAACAGUAAAAGAUAAAGUAACAACAACAGAAAAUAUUAUAACAACCACAGAUACACCAACGGAAACAGUACCAACUGCUGAACCGUUAAAAGAAAUUAUAACAGAGAAAGAUGUCUUGCAAGAAUUAGUAACUGAAAGCGUAACUAUGCAAGAUGACUUCACGGAAAAAGAGACUCUAAAACCUGUAACUGAAGUUGAGGUUCCUGAAACAGCAAAACCUUCGUCUUCUACAGAUUUUCCUCCAUUCGUAACGUGGACGAAUGCUGUUGAAGUGUCUAAAGUUCCAGUCACUACUACACCUACACCAGAAGAUGUCUGGUCACCAAUAACGCCGCCAGAAGGAUGGAUUUUGAUCUCAACGGUGCAACCGAAACCAGACACGACAACUUCGACAACGGAACAGGCAACAAUAACCACCCAAUCUACAACAACAACAACGACGACCACAACCACGGAAAUGCCAACGACAAUUGUUGAAACUUCACCAGUAGUUGAAACAACUAAAAUUACAACAACAGUUUUGGCGGAACAGCAAACAACAAUUUCUACAACUUCGACACAAACUUCACCAAUAACAGACGCACCCAUGCCAGAGUUCACAGUAAAUGUGACACUGUCGCCUACCGUUCCUACUUCAACAACAAGUAUUGGAUUGACAACGUUCAGUUCGAUUUCAUCUGCCAAUGUGACUGAGGCUUCUAAUAAAACUGAAAGUUCUACUGACGGAUGGACUGGAAUCGAAGAUCAAACAACUCAAUCUGCAAACGAAACAUCCACGGAACCUCCAACAACAGUGUCUACAUCCACUGUUUCUACAACAACAGAGUCCUACAACAUGUCCAAUUAUAAAGAAGUCUGUGGUAGGCGAAUGUGGCCACAAGCGAGGAUCGUCGGCGGCGCCAUGUCAGGAUUCGGCCAGUGGCCUUGGCAGAUAUCCUUGAGGCAGUUCAGGACCUCCACCUACCUUCACAAGUGCGGGGCCGCUUUGCUGAACGAAAACUGGGCAAUCACCGCUGCACAUUGCGUGGAAAGAGUACCGCCAUCUGAUUUACUGGUGCGCCUUGGUGAAUACGACCUCGCAAAUGAAGAAGAACCUUACGGCUUUGCUGAGAGGAGAGUUCAGAUUGUCGCCAGCCACCCUCACUUCGACCCCGCCACUUUUGAAUACGACUUGGCAUUGCUCAGGUUUUACGAGCCAGUGACCUUCCAACCGAACAUACUGCCUGUUUGCGUACCUGAUAAUGACGACACCUACGUGGGAAGAACUGCACACGUCACUGGCUGGGGUCGAUUGUAUGAUGAGGGUCCCCUGCCAAGCGUGCUGCAGGAAGUUGAGGUGCCCGUCAUCAACAACACGGCGUGCGAGGCGAUGUACCUGGCUGCGGGCUACAACGAGCACAUCCCCAACAUCUUUAUCUGCGCUGGCUGGCGGCAGGGCGGCUCCGACAGCUGCGAAGGUGACAGCGGAGGCCCAAUGGUGGUGCAAAGGGAAAGAGAUAACCGGUUCGUGCUUAGCGGUGUCAUUUCGUGGGGCAUAGGCUGUGCAGAGCCCAACCAACCCGGCGUGUACACGCGCAUAUCCGAGUUCAGGGACUGGAUCAACCAGAUAUUACAGUUCUAGUGACAAAAUUACAGUUUUAGUGCAAAAAACACAGUUUCGGUAAAAAAAUCAUGUUAUCCUGAUUCUCAAUACGUUGGUCAAAAGUGUACCUACAACUACAAAAGGGAACAGAGUUCCCAGUGUGGGAUUAUCUACCUAUUCUCGUGAACUUAGUUUUGUAUGGCUUCGAGAGAGCGACAUCUAGUUAAAAAACUGGGAAACAGUUUUCAAAUAGGAUGCGAAGGCAGAGAUCCUAACUAGUAAUAUUAUGAUAACGAUAGUGUGUUUGUUUGUCCUUCCUUCACGCCCUAACUAAGCAACCUGAGUCAACAUGAGUUUUGGCGUAGAGUUAAUUAAAACAACGGAGAGUUCUACAUCCCAGGAAUACAAAUCCCGUGGGAACCAUUUCCCACGGGAUUUGUUAAAACCGUAAUAAACGCGGACGAAGAAC